AUGUCAGAAGCUUGUAUCGUUUGCUGGGUCGAGGACAAGGUCCCUGUGUCCAAUCGUUCAACUAUGGCAAUAAGGGAGGCAUACGAAAGGGCAAAAUCAACUCUCGAUCUCUGCAAUGAACACCUUGGAGAAUCCUCACUUCCGCCUCACUACACACCCGAGACUCAGGCACAGAAAUUGGUCAACGUGACCUGCCACAUAGCGAGAAAAGCGUCUCAGGCUGCUUACGAGAAGCUGAUUAAGGAUUACCCGCUCAUCCAACAAGGGUCGGAGGUCGUUGUAGCCGGAAUCCAACAGUUCGCGAACUUACCGGUGGUAAAGAACGGCACCAAACUUGUAGUCAAGAAUGCGACCAUGAUUGCAAACAGUGAGAUUGUUGUCGAGGGUUCUAAGCUGAUCGUAGAGGACGUAGAAAAGCUGAAAGUGAGCGCACGACGCAUGCUACAUGCGGGGGCAAAAAGGGUUUGUGAAGCUACGGCUGAGGGAGCGAUGGAGGAUGUGAGAUAUUACCAUGAAGCGGAGAAUGGGGUGGACUCUGAGGAUGAGGAGUGUGUCUUGAUUUGA